UGUUAGUCCCUCCUCCUCCCAAGAGGCAGCGCCAUUGCGCGGGACCUAGCGGUAAGAAACCCGACGAUUUGGUUUGAAGUGGGAUUCCAUCAAUCUAUGGAAGCACUUCAUGGUUUCUUCCUCACUUCUCCAUUCCCUUUGAUCACCACGCCGUCUGCUCCUUCAAAACGUCGUCGUUGCCGUCUUCGAGAUCGUCCUUUCUCCGUUGAAGCGGUGCAACCAGAAAUUCGGGUAUGCACGAAUCGGACUUGCCGCAAACAGGGCUCCUUUCAAACCCUAGAAAUCCUUUCUGGUCUUGCGCCUCCGAAUGUCGCCGUCAAACCGUGCGGCUGUUUGGGCAAGUGCGGUGCUGGUCCCAACCUGGUGGUCCUGCCGGACGGUGUCAUCGUUGGUCAUUGCGGAACUGCGGCUCGAGCGGCUGAGGUCAUGUUGGGUUUGAUUUCCGCAGGAGAAGGUUCGGAUUCCUAUGAUGCCAAAAAGAGUUUAGAUGCGCUUGCGCUUAGGAAGAGAGCUGAGGUUGCGUUCGAGAAGCAGAAUUUCACUGAGGCUGAACUUCUGCUCUCACAGGCUAUCGAAUUAAAACCAUUAGGUGGUGUACAUGUAUCUUCCGACAUUCAGGUCAGUUGUAAGGUUGGCAUGGGUAAAUAUUCUGGAGCUCUUGAAGACGCAAGGGAGGCUUUGGCAUUAGCACCUGAGUAUGCUGAGGCUUAUCUUUGCCAAGGUGAUGCAUUUUUGGAAUUAAAGCAAUUCGAUUCAGCAGAAAAGUCAUAUUUGGCAUCUAUAGAUAUAGAUCCUUCGAUCCGACGAUCUAAAUCAUUCAAGGCACGGAUUGCAAAACUUGAGGAAAAAGUAGCUGUUGCUAAUAACUUAUGAGAUCUACCUUUUGAACAAAGGUGCAAUGAAAUCACACUGAUUUCAGGAUGUGAUUUGUUUACUAUUUUCAAGGUGUAAUGGAUACCUUGCAUCAGCUUUCAGUUAGUUGUUCAAAUCUCUUAUUUUCUCGAGCUUUGUGAUGCAAUCUGAAGCACCUCCAAAAUAAAUUCCCAAUAUUUUCUCCAGCUUUGUCCUUCCUAAGUAAUAUCUAUGUUUACUAUUACUUUGACAAAAGAAUUCGAUGUAUAAAUAAACAUCUAAAUUUUUUUCCCCCACUAAAUUGGAUCCAUCUUGUUGGGAUUCUCAUGUCUUCAAGUAA